CAUGGUGCUGUUGGAAAACAGCAGUGUCUGCUCCUGAACAGUUACUCAGACAUACAUCAAAACCUAUCACACAGAGAAGAGCUGCAGAAAGCGACUACAUUUACAUUAAUAUAAAAGUUUUGGUUUAGCUUUGCAAAAAUCCCCAUUUACAACAUAAAGAGGCACUAAAAGGGCCAUGAAAGCAACCUGGUGGAUUGGCACUCGCAAUAUGGAUGUGUUUGUGUUUGGUUACUGCUUCUGCUUACUACAUGGACUACUAAAAUCUACAGUGGGUUUAUCUUCAAGAAAGGUUCUCGGAAAGGGAAAACAUCCUCCACAUAUUGUUUUUGUGAUGGUAGAUGACCAAGGCUAUAAUGACGUGGGGUACCAUGGCUCAGAGAUCCAUACGCCUGUGUUGGAUCAGCUGGCCGGUGAGGGGGUGAGGCUGGAAAACUACUAUGUUCAGCCCAUCUGUUCCCCAUCACGCAGCCAGCUUAUGACUGGACGGUAUCAGAUUCAUACUGGACUUCAACACUCGAUCAUUCGUGCGCGUCAGCCCCUGUGCCUGCCCCUCCACGUACCGACCCUCCCUGAGCGGCUAUGGCAGGCUGGUUACAGCACUCAUAUGGUAGGGAAAUGGCACUUGGGUUUCUGCCGACCCGAGUGCUUGCCAACCAGCCGUGGGUUUCAAAGCUUUCUUGGCUCACUGACGGGCAGCGGUGACCAUUUCAACUUCCAGAGCUGUGACGGCGCAGAGGCUUGUGGGUUCGACCUGCAUGACGGAGACCGGCCUGCAUGGGAACUGAGUGGGAAUUACUCAACGAGGCUUUAUACAGAGAGGGUGAAGCAGAUCCUGAAAAGUCAUAAUCGACGGAAGCCUCUCUUUCUGUAUGUGGCCCUCCAGGCUGUGCACACACCUCUGCAGGCUCCCGCCCAUCUUCUCAGGCGCUAUCAACACCUUGGCAAUAGACCCCGGCGCCACUACGCUGCUAUGGUGAGCGCUGUAGACGAAUCUGUGGGGGAGAUUGUCAGUGAGCUGCGGGAACAAGGCUACUACGACAACACGGUGCUCAUCUACUCCUCAGACAAUGGGGGCCAGCCUCUCUCAGGGGGCUGUAAUUGGCCCCUGCGUGGAGGCAAAGGCUCCUACUGGGAAGGUGGAGUCAGAGCAGUCGGUUUCGUACACAGCCCAUUUCUGAAAAAGAAGAAAAGGGUGAGUCAGGCUUUGAUUCAUGUCUCAGAUUGGUACCCAACCCUGCUGUCUCUUGCAGGGCUACCUGAGCCUGAUUCCAGCCACUUGGAUGGUCAUGAUGUUUGGGGAGCCAUAAGUAGUGACCUGCCCUGUCCACGGACCGAAAUCCUCUUUAACAUUGACCCGGUGUCACGCAGGCACGGAGAAUCUGACCUCAGGCUACUAACCUUCAAUGGUUUCGGGAUUUGGGAUACAGGAGUGCGUGCAGCCAUUCGAGCCGGUGACUGGAAACUUCUGACGGGUAAUGUAGGGGACGGGGACUGGUUUACUCCACAGACAAUGUCAGGAGGUCCACACGAGUGGCAGGGUAUGGAAAAGAGACGAGACCAGCGGGGGAAGUCCGUCUGGCUUUUUAACAUCACAGCUGAUCCUUACGAGAGGGCAGAUUUGGCUGAAGUGCGGCCUGAGGUGGUCAAGAUGCUGCUGACCCGACUCGCCGAGUACAACCAGACUGCUGUGCCACCGCGCAAUCCACCCGAUGACCCGAUGGCUGAUCCGCAACUUCACGGAGGGGUGUGGACUCCCUGGCUAGGUGAUGAAGAUCCAGGAGAUCAUGGGGAUGAUGAGGAUUCGGACAGUGUCAGCAGAAAGGGCAGACACAGGAGUUCUUGCAGAGUGUGUAAACUCAGAGCUCUGUUCAAAAAGGUCCGUAGCCGAAUGCAAAGGGCUGCUUUAUUUUUGUAGUUGCAAAAUGCUAGUUCAUACUGCUGUAUGACCUAACCAUCUAGUAGUGUGGAUGUGACAACAUCACCUUAGGGUAGCAUUUGGGAUGGGGCCAUCAGUGUAUUUUAUAUGUGUAGGUGUCACUUACCACACUGUAGAAAAAUGGUACAAAGGCUGUCAUAUUGCGGGUGCAUAUUAGUACCCAGACAUAUUACAUAAACAUAUCAGGACCUUUUUAGGGUACCAUUCCAGUGAUCCCAUUUUCUGACAGUGCCAGAAUCAGUAUAGAGACAUCCGGAUUCUGUUAAUGUGAUCUAGACAGGAGCGGUUUAGAUUUCAUUACAUGUGACUCCACAAGCACUUAAUGGAGAUUACUGUGUCUUUAUUAGAUGAUCCAGUUAUUUAACCACACAAACUGAUUUAAGUAGUGCCACUGAUUUGAUAGGAAAUAUUAGUGCACUUAUAUUAUCCUACACUUGCUCAUGGAUCAGCGUUUUCUUAUCCACCCUCUAGUUCACAUUCUAGUCUUCUCAGUCUCUUCUUCCUCUGCCUUACACUCCUCCUCACACCUCUCUUAUUCUCCUACCUCUUUCUUUUAAGCUUCUGCACUAUCCAAAUCAUCUCUGAUGUAGCCAGAACAACACUCACGCUUUCUCAUUGUUAAUGCACUUUCUCCUCCACCUGUUCCUUCUUUCUCUUGAUUUCCGCAGGUUCUGUGUAGAUCAGGUUAGUGCAUGUAAAAGCAAAAAAAUAAUCAGAUCAAAAAAAGAGAUGGGUUCCUUAUUCAAAGAGGACUAAAUGAAGAGGUGGUUGAUCACGAGGAGGUGGAGAAUUCAAGAGGUGUAAUGAUAUGUGCUCUGUAUUCAGGACUUAAUGCUGUGCCAUGCAUAUUUUUUGUGUAUUGCUUAUUGCAACUUUUAUUUUACCUCUCAUCUAAAUGCCCAUACUUUGUAAUUAUAAGUGUUUAUGUAAAUGUGGCUGGGUUCCUCAGAUACUGUAGUAUUUUAAAGAAUUUUAGAA